AUGUACAACAUCAUCUGGCCCAAGAUCUGCAGCGGUUGGCCGGGCAGCGGAGCCGCUGGGGGAGCAGGUGGAGCGGGCUGGGGAUCAGACAUCACGCCAGGGUUUCAGCACCAGUGUAACGUUUGUCCUGUCAAGCAUCCACGGGACACAAGUGCAGACAUGUCUGCUGCCAGCAAUCUGCAAUCUGAAGAUCAGUUUCUGUGCUCCAUCUGUCUGGAUGUGUUCACUGAUCCAGUCACUACAUCAUGUGGACACAACUUCUGCAAAACCUGCAUCAGUCAGCACUGGGACAUGAAUCAGAGCUGUCAGUGUCCCAUGUGUAAAGAAACUUUCAAAACUAGACCUCAGCUGAGGGUCAACACCUUCAUCUCUGAGAUGGUUGCUCAGUUCAGACAGCAACAAGCUGCCAAACCAGGAGAAGUUCCCUGUGACGUCUGCACUGGAACCAGACUGAAGGCCCUGAAGUCCUGCCUGGUGUGUCAGACCUCCUACUGUCAGACUCACCUGGAGCCUCAUCUGACAGUGAAAGGUCUGAAAAGACAUCAGCUGAUUGAUGCUGUGGAGAACCUGGAAGACAGGAUGUGCACAAAGCACGAUAAACUUCUGGAGCUGUUCUGUAAGACCGACCAGACAUGUGUCUGUGUGCUCUGCUCUGUUUUAGACCACAAGAACCACAAGUUUGUUCCUCUGAGAGAAGAAUAUGAAGGAAAGAAGGCAGAGCUGGAGAAGACAGAGGCUGAGAUUCAGCAGAUGAUCCAGAAGAGACGACGGAAGAUUCAGGAGAUCAAAGAGUCAAAGUCUGUUAAGAGACACCUGAAGGUGUUCAUAACGGAAAUCGAAGACAAACGGGAAGCAACAGAGAAACAGGCUGAAGGUCUCAUCAAAGAUCUGGAACAGGAAAUCUCUGAGCUGAUGAAGAGUAGCUCUGAGGUGGAGCAGCUCUCAUGCUCUGAAGACCACCUCCACCUCCUCCAAAGCUUCUCCUCCCUGAAAGAUGCUCCACUCACCAAGGAGUGGACAGAGGUCAGAGUCAAUCCGCCAUCAUAUGAGGGGACUGUGGUGAGAGCUGUGGUUCAGCUGGAGGAGACAAUCAGGAAAGACAUGAAGAAGAAGCUGUUUGAGGCUGAGCUGAAGAGGGUCCAGCAGUAUGCAGUGGAUGUGACUCUGGAUCCUGAUACAGCUCAUCCUGAUCUCAUCCUGUCUGAUGAUGGAAAACAAGUUUAUGAUAGUGAUAUGAGGAAGAAUCUUCCAGACAACCCAGAGAGAUUUUCUUACUCUCCCUUCGUUUUAGGAGAGCAGAGUUUCUCUUCAGGUACAUUUUAUUUUGAGGUUCAGGUUAAAGGAAACACUGAGUGGGAUUUAGGAGUGGCCAGAGAGUCGAUCAACAGGAAGGGAGAAAUCACACUGAGACCUCAGGAUGGUUUCUGGGCUGUAGUGCUGAGAAAUGGAAAUGAGUACAGUGCUUGUGCAGGUCCUUCAUUCCCCCUCUGUCUUCAGUCUAGUCCUGAGAAGGUGGGGGUGUUUGUGGAUUAUGAGGGGGGUGUAGUCUCCUUUUAUGAUGUAGGUGCUGCAGCUCUGAUCUACUCCUUUACUGGCUGCUCCUUCACUCACAAACUGCUCCCAUUCUUCAGUCCCUGUAAUAGUGGUAAAAACUCUGCACCUCUUAUUAUCUGUCCUGUCAAUCAAACUGAGUAG